ACACAGUAUGGGUUUCAUGACAUAGUUCGGAAAUAGAAGGUCUAAAAGUUUUUUUUUGCUGCAGCUCAUGAGUGACAUAAAACGCAGAUAAAACUUGGUCCCUCUGCCCGCCUCAGUCUCUGUAGCAACAUCCCUCAGCUGACAACCGCGAGCCACGCCCCCAUCCGUUCAAUCUUCCGCGUAGUGCUCUUUCAGACCGCCUCAGCCUCCGUAGGAAAGAGCCCCGCCUGCCAGGAAAGAGCUCUGUAGAGUUCCGGCAUGAAGCCACCGCAGAGACGGCGGAAGGUCCCAGCACGCUACAUAGGUGAAGCUACCGGUCCCACAGCUUGGAGCCCCCGCGAGAUGCGGCAUCUACUGAGACUACUUCAGGCUCGGCGGGACCAGCCGGAGCCAGACGCCGCGGAGCUCGCCAAGGAGCUGCGAGGCCGGAGCGAGGCCGAGAUCCGCCGCUUUAUCCAGCAGCUCAAAGGCCGGGUGGUUCGAGAGGCCAUUCAGAAGGUUCAACCACGUGGCAGACAGGGUCCAAGGCGUCAAGAAACACAGCUCCCAGCCCCCAUAGAGGUAUGGAUGGAUCUUGCUGAGAAACUAACAGGCCCACUGGAGGAAGCCCUGACUGCAGCUUUCUCCCAGGUGCUCACCAUUGCUGCUGCAGAACCUCUCAGCCUCCUGCACUCUAAGCCAGGAAAGCCAACAAAGGCCUGUGGAAAGGCACUGGUGUUCUUGAACACCCAAGAUGGACAGAAGGAUCCUACCCCUGAAGGUUCUGGGCCUGUCCCUAUGACUGCUGCUGACCCCACUCGGGAGGCCUCUGUCCCUGACCCUAAGGCCUCUGGUAUCAACCCUGAGACCUCUGGCCUUACCUCAGAGGUCACUGUCCCUGACCCUGAUGCCCCAACCAAGUCCCUGGCUGGAUCCUCCACAGAGAGAGACUUUGCUGUGGACUUUGAGAAGAUCUACAAAUACCUCUCCUUCUCCUCCCGGGGUGGCCGUGGCCCUGAGCUCUCAGCAGCUGAGUCAGCUGUGGUCCUUAACCUGCUCAUGUCACUUCCAGAGGAACUGUCCCACCUGCCUUGCACAGCCCUGGUGGAACAUAUGACCAAAACAUAUGAUCAACUGAUGGCUCCCCAGACUUCUCUCCCUGGAGAGACGAGCCACAGGCCUGGGACUGAAGAUGGAGGGACUGGCUCCACGGGGCCAGAGGAGCCUGACCAAGCCAGUCCUCAGGCUUCUGAGCCCACAGAACCCAGGCUAGCCUGGAAAGCUGUUGGGAUCUGUCCACUGAACCCAUUCCUGGUACCCCUAGACCUCUUGAGCCGGGUCCCCACCCCUACGAGGUGAAAGAUACAGCAGAUGAGAUAUUCUGAUUUUGGUCCAGAACAUCCAUCAAGCAUCACUGGUACUGGUGGUCAGGAACAUGAUUGUGGAUGUCCUGACACAGUGUCCAGCCAUAAGCUAAUCCUUCUGAUGCUGCAUACACCAGCAGCCUCAGAAAGUGAAGCACGGUUGUAUCGAAUGGGGAUUUAAGACUCACAAAGGCAGAAUUCCCGGACUGGUAGAUUGGGGCAAGUGUCCCUAGCCCCACUGUGCCUUGUUCUCUGCUGUAAUAGUACCACAUCAUCAUCCCUCUGUGUGUGGUGCUUGCAUUUAGAUUCCCCUCAGCACACCCUCCCCCACCUCAACUGACCACUAUAAGGUUCUCUUCACCUUUUCCUGGGAUGUCCUGUAACCCUGAAUAAAGCUAUCAUCUAACUA